UAAUAGAAUAAUAUCUUAAUAAAGCAUCCAAAUACAAAGAAACUAGUAAACGGCCGUGCGUGGACUCGCCGGUGGCAUCGCAUCGUUGUCCAAGGGCUCCACCGUCCUUCUUAAAUUUAUACAAAACUCUAAUUCUUCGAUGUCGCCACCGAAAUAACCAUCUUUUUAUACAUAUAAAAACACUCCAACUUUAUAUCGAGAUGGCGAUCUUGUAUGCGGUGGUGGCGCGAGGGACAGUGGUGUUGGCGGAGUUCAGCGCCGUCACGGGGAACACAGGGGCAGUAGCUCGGCGGAUCCUCGAGAAGCUUCCAUCCGAGGCAGAUUCUCGGCUAUGCUUCUCUCAAGAUCGAUACAUAUUUCACAUACUUAGCUCUGAUGGCCUCACUUUUCUUUGCAUGGCUAAUGACACCUUUGGCAGGAGAAUUCCAUUUUCAUACUUGGAGGACAUCCACAUGAGGUUUAUGAAAAACUAUGGUAAAGUGGCCCAUUAUGCCCCUGCUUAUGCAAUGAAUGAUGAAUUUUCACGGAUCUUGCAUCAGCAGAUGGAAUUUUUCUCCAGUAACCCUAGUGCUGAUACUCUCAAUCGUGUGAGGGGUGAAGUUGGUGAGAUUCGCACAAUUAUGGUAGAAAACAUUGAGAAAAUACUUGAGAGGGGCGACCGAAUUGAGCUCCUGGUUGACAAAACUGCUACAAUGCAAGAUAGUGCCUUUCACUUCAGGAAGCAGUCUAAGCGCCUCCGAAGAGCGCUUUGGAUGAAAAAUGCCAAGCUCUUGGCCUUGUUGACAUGCGUCAUUGUUCUGUUGCUGUACAUAAUAAUUGCCGCCGCUUGUGGAGGGAUCACUCUACCUUCAUGCAGAUCUUGAUUGGCUUUUGUAUUGGUGCUGAAUUUCUUCUGAGGUAUGCUAUAAUGAAUUGGGUGAUCCAUGUAUCUGAAUUAUGAUAAAGGAGAGCUGCAGUCAAUUAUGAUAUUUUGCGAGUCUCAUGUGCAAUUUGUUCCUCUUCAAGGUGCUGAAAAUAAUAUGAUAGUCAUGCUGUUGUUGCCUAUGGUACUAGUGAUGUAUACUUUUGAGAAGCCUGCUGCAUAUCUCCCUUAUAUGUCAUGGGUCGAGUGUCUAUUCUGUAUAUUACUGGAUGUUUAAUGCUGUGGUGUCUAGAGUUGUUGAACAGUUAGCUUUUGGUUCCUUUUAUGACCUUCUACAAACAAUUAUUUGGUUUAUGGUCCAGUCUGUAAACUAUGAUUCAUUUGUAUCCCCUUUACCUUUAUGAUGUGAUUUUAUAUUGCACAGUGAAGGUGCAAGGCUCAUAA